AUGGCAACCGAUGUGGCGGCAUGCCUUGACGCCUUUCACCACGCACUGGCCGCAGACUUUGGUGGCAUGCGAGCCACGGCAGAGCAAAUGCGCUCAGUUGUAGACAUGCCUCCACUCUCUGCAGAUGAUGGCUCGCGUGCUCAAGAGACUAAGAAUGAAGUGACUGCUCGGGUGGGCAAGGUCCAGGAGGCGUGUGCCUCGCUCGCGGGCUCGCUGGAAGACGCGCCGUCGGUGGCCGAUGUGGUGGCGGCGGUGCGGGCGCUGAUGGCCGCCAACGCGGCGCAGCUGGCGGCUCUGGCAGGUGGGGACGAGACUGCGUCUGGCAAGUUUGGUGAUGUCGGUACGGACACUGCUGGCGACGGUGUGGGCUAUGGCAUGGGCAUGCACGAGCUGGACGACGAGCCGACCGGCUGGUCGCCUGUCGCCGACAAGUCCGCCGCCGCCGGCCUCGACGAGCCGGUUGUCAGCUCUUUGCCAACCCACACUCCACUGACGACCAAUACGGCAAUGAGGGCCCCGGUUGCUGCGAUGGGAAGCCCGGGAUCGGCCUUCCGCACGCCCGGGAAGAAGGCGCCACGGGCAGCCGCGCUGAUGGCCGAGAGCGGACUCGCCACGCCGACCCUCGAAGACUUUGGCCUCUCUGCGGCAUCAAUGGCAGCACUCUCGCUCUCGCAAAACGCACCACCAUCUCAGCUUGAGUAUCAGCCGCGGCCUGCGGCCCAGCGGACAGUUGAGCCCGUGGUUCAGACCAAGCCAGUGGCAGCGACAGUCGCGACGCCUGUAGCGCCGCGCGUCGCUGCGGCCACGCAGGCAGAGCCGCGCGUCCCUGCACCCACACAGGCAAAGCCUGCCCCAACUGAGAACGAGUGGGACAUGCUCGAAUCUCCCGAACCGAUGGCCAUGCCGUCGAGCUUGGCUGCAACCGGAGGCUACGACGAGGCCAAGACGCCUGCCCGGCCGACGGCAGCUGCGGGCGCCGGCGCCGCUGAGCCGGCGGCCGAGCCGGCAGCGGCACUGGCGCCCAAGACGCCGCUGCUUCAGCGGUGCGCGGCGCUGGAAGCCAAGACGCCGAUGUUUGACCGGCUGUCGAUGUCUGAGACCAAGCGGGUGUACCCCGAGGGCCUUGAUGUGCUCACGCCGCUCGAGGACGACUCUGCUAUCCCGGCAUACCUCCGGGUGCAGGUCUCGCUCAAGUGCGUCAACUCGACGCUCGAGGAGAUUAACCAGCUGCUCGCAGACAAGUUUGAGGCCGGUGACGAGCCGUUCUUCACCCAGGACGAGCUCCUGGAGCUCGGGCUUCAGCGGUCGCAGAUGAAGGCCAUCGUCCUCAUCCUCGUCAAUGUCCGCGCCGUUGCUUCACGCAAGGUCGGCACCGCCACCCGCUACGUGGUCCGUGUGUAGCUGGCAAAGAGAUAAACUGUAUCAUG